AUGAACCAAGCUGCUGUCCCAUCAACCUCGGUCCCUGGUGAUUCCCAAGCAACCCUCCCAAACGGAUCAGAUGAUUCGUCUUCUGAUCCAGUAGUUGACGAUGACCAAGACGACCAAGGCCUCCAUGAGUAUAUUCCUCCAUUCUUAGUCCGGUCCAAGUCUAAACAAGAGCGAGAAGAAGCUAGACAAGAAAUGUCCGCCAAGAAAGACCAGAAAUCAGAAGGACUCUAUGCAAUGUUCCAUCGAGUCUAUGAAAAAUAUUCUACCUCUGUAUUACUAGAGAACACAGCCAGUGUAGCUAGAGAUCAUCUAGCCAAUGAGAGAACGUUUCUGGCCUGGCUGCGUACAUCACUAUCCAUGAUUACUGUGGGUGUUGCCAUCACACAGCUAUAUCACCUUCAACCAACCAAUGGUAGCGACUUUUCACCCAAUCCUGGACGUGCUUUGGGUGCUACAUUUGUAGUAUUUAGCAUCCUUUUUCUGUAUUUUGCCAACGCUCGUUACUUUCAUUCACAGAUCGCUAUGACUAAAGGCCACUUCCCAGCUAGUCGGGGAUCAGUCAUCUUUGGUUCGACUUGUGUACUUGGUGUUUUGAUUGCUAUGUUUGUAGUUAUCUUAACCCAACCUCACUAA